UAUUUGUUUAAAAAUUAUAUAUAUGGCACAUAAAUUAAAUGCUCUCAAUACAAAUAAAAUAAUAUGAUGAUGGGUCCCACCUCCCACACUUUUUGACUUGAAAAUACAACGUUCCAAAAACAUGAGUUAGCCGUUUUAGCAGUGAGAGAAAAAGCUCCAUUGAUGCAACUCUCAAAAAGAAAAUUCUCCCAAUUACCUCAACCGCACCCUAAUUUUGCAGAAUUAGGCUCCGAGAAAUCAACUUAAAUUCUCUGAUUUUGGUGUUUGAGAGACUUCAUCCAUGGCGGAUUUCUCUUUUCUUUCCGACAGCGACAAUGAAAAAGCGGUAGAAGAGCUUCUAUCACAAGCAAUGGAUCAAUCUGUCCUUGAACAAGUUGCUGCCAUUAAUUGCUCUGGUUUUACUGACUCUGUACUCCCCACUCAGCUCGAAACUCGUUUUCGAAAACUCAAAUCCCUUCCUGCUGCUCCGGCAACUUCCAAACCCUCCGCUGUCGCAAGAAAUUCCAGGAGUUUCGGUUCCUCGGAGUUCCCUAAAACGAAGAAGAUUGAUGAUGAAAAUGAGAAAAUUGGAGGAAGUCCAGUUGAGGAGGUGAAUUUGGAAGAUGAGUUUGUUGAAAAACAGAGGAAAUCAACGUCGAUUGAAAAUGAUGUUUUCUCAAAAAUCACAAAUGGGAAAAGAUCUUCACCUGGGCCAAUAUCGGAUUGUUCGUCUCCACCAGCGAAAACUGGGUGUUUUUGGUGUUCACCUAAGAAGGGGUUUAGUAAAAAGGGGAAAGAGAAUAAGGGUGUGAGUAUGGAGCUGAAAUGGGGGAAGGAUGAUGAGUUAUUAUCGGACUUGAGUAUAUUCUCAUCGAAAAAUCAAGAGAAGUUGAUGAAGAAAGCUAUGGUGGAGCAAGAGAAGAUCAAUAGAGAAGCUGAGAAGAUUGUUAAGUGGGCAAAACAAGCAUCUGCUAGGAUGGAUGUUUCUAGCAUUGAAGAUGAACUAAGUGAUGAGGACACUUUCAAAUGAAUGUCUUUUAUACUGCUUUACUAGUAAACUUCAUAAAAUGCUGCUUUAGUUUGUAACUUGAAUCCUAAGAACAACUAUGUAAAGAUGGGUUUUUUGUAAAAGGCUGUUGGUUUCCUUGUCAUCCAAAAAGAAAAAAAGACUGGAAGUCUAUUGAUAUUUCUAAA